UUUGGUCGGGAUUUGGUGUUCCUGCACAGCAGCUAGAAGCAGACUGUCUACGGGGAAGCUAUAGGUUUACUGUACAUAUGUUAUAAGGCAAAAAGGGGUUCUUUCUUCUUUAAUAAUUCAUUUUAUAUGUGAAUGAAAGAUGCAUUCCCCGUCAUGACCUCACCCUCCACUUGAAUGGGAUUCCUCAUCGCCUCCCUGUCGCUCCGACUAUCUCCGCUGCUCCUCUCUUCUAGGAUCUGUGCGCUUUUUGGUUUCUCUUUUUUUUUAGCUCGUUAAAUGGUUUGAUGCGAAGUCCUCCGAUCUGAUCGACGACGACAAAUCUCCAGUAGCCUGCACAUCAGGGUUCUUGGCCAUGGGGGGAUCCAAGAGUAAGCCCAAGGAUGUUGGCCAGCGAACCCGCAGCCUCGAAGGCAACCUCAGCUCUGGCGGAGGGGCCGGCGGCCACCACCUCAGCUCCAAUCAGCAGUCCAUAACGCCCAAUCGCAGUCCCGCUAUGGAUGGAGGUGUGGGUGGCAACCAGGGUAUGACCAAUAACGCAGAGCUGGCCCUGUUUGGAGGUGUGGACAAUAACGCUGUCACCUCUCCCAACAGACUCACACUAGCAGGAGGCGUGACGACCUUCGUGGCAUUGUAUGACUAUGAGUCUAGGACGGCCUCAGACCUCUCUUUCAAGAAGGGGGAACGCCUCCAGAUAGUCAACAACACAAGGAAGGUGAACUGCAGAGAAGGCGACUGGUGGCUGGCGCGCUCCCUGACCACUGGAGAGAGCGGUUAUAUCCCCAGCAAUUAUGUGGCUCCAUCUGACUCCAUCCAGGCAGAAGAUCAUCUCAGACUGACUCUAGAGUCCAGGUGGUACUUUGGCAAAAUCACUCGCCGCGACUCCGAGAGGCUGCUGCUAAGUUUAGAGAACAGGAGGGGUACUUUCCUGGUGCGAGAGAGUGAGACCACCAAAGGUGCCUACUGUCUGUCUGUAUUGGACUAUGACAACACCAAAGGGCUGAAUGUGAAGCACUACAAGAUCAGGAAGCUGGACAGCGGAGGCUUCUACAUCACAUCACGUACACAGUUCCAAAACCUUCAGCAGCUCGUCAACCAUUAUCGCAAGCAUGCUGAUGGGCUGUGUCACAGUCUAUCAGACAUCUGUCCUGUACUGAAGCCUCAGACUCAGGGCUUAUCCAAGGAUGCCUGGGAGAUCCCGAGAGAGUCCCUCCGUCUGGACCUGAAGCUCGGACAGGGCUGCUUCGGAGAGGUCUGGAUGGGAACAUGGAACGGUACAACACGGGUUGCAAUAAAGACUCUGAAGACUGGCACGAUGUCCCCUGAGGCCUUCCUCAUGGAGGCUCAGGUCAUGAAGAAACUGAGACAUGAAAAGCUGGUUCAGCUCUACGCUGUUGUGUCCGAGGAGCCCAUCUACAUCGUCACGGAGUACAUGGGACAAGGUAGUUUACUGGAUUUCCUGAAAGGUGACAUGGGUAAGAUUCUCCGCCUCCCCCAGCUGGUGGACAUGGCCUCACAGAUUGCAUCAGGGAUGGCUUACGUGGAGAGGAUGAACUACGUGCACAGAGACCUGAGAGCUGCUAACAUCCUGGUGGGAGAUAACCUGGUUUGCAAAGUGGCUGAUUUUGGUCUGGCUCGCCUCAUUGAGGAUAAUGAAUAUACUGCCAGGCAAGGAGCCAAGUUUCCCAUCAAGUGGACGGCUCCUGAAGCUGCUCUGUACGGUCGCUUCACCAUUAAAUCUGAUGUGUGGUCAUUCGGGGUCCUGCUGACCGAGCUGGCCACCAAAGGCCGAGUGCCCUAUCCAGGCAUGGUGAACCGGGAAGUGUUGGACCAGGUGGAGCGCGGCUACAGGAUGCCGAUCCCGGCAGAGUGCCCCGAAUCCCUGCACGAGCUGAUGCUGACCUGCUGGAGAAAAGAGGCCGAGGAGAGGCCCACCUUUGAGUACCUGCAGGGCUUCCUGGAGGACUACUUUACCUCCACGGAGCCUCAGUACCAGCCGGGAGAGAACCUGUAACCGGGCUGGACGCGAAAAACAUGCAUGCGUCAUGCAUGUGCAAAACUGAGCAUGUGCAUCUACUUCAGAGUGCAUGGACAAGUAUGUGUGAGGGUGUGUAUGUACAGUAUAACGGGGCCGUCUGCAUUCUGGCUACAAAGUGACAUCGAGGAGCGUCAGUGGGACAUCAAACCAAUCAGCAACAUUCAGCUCCUGCUUCUUCCCAAAGUCAUUGUCAUGCUCCGAGGGACUGUUUUCAAAGUAAAAGACGAAACUGUGGUAUUAUUUGCGUUUGAGUUUAUUACCCUGCACACCCAAGCAGGUUUUCCUACCUUCCAUGUGUUUGUAAGGCGCCCCGAUAAUAUACAUUCCCCAUGCACUCUUCCUGUGUUAACUGUAACUCUACACUGCAAUUGACACCAGACUAUGACAUAAAAGACUGCGGAGGGGUCAAACACGGGAGUCCAGAGAAUGAACGUUGCCCUGCUGAAAGCAUCACUUCAGGAUGUCUAUUUUUACUACAUUUUCUUUGGGAUACAAUUUGAAAACACACAUGCUCAGUCUGUCUUCCAUUUUUGUCACUCGACAAGCAACUAUUUUGGGACGUACAAUAAUUUGCCAGGAUGUUUGGGGUUUUAUUUUGUAAUUAGACCUGGAUCAACUGGAAUAUAUUCAGGUGAAUGAUCUUUUAUUUUAUAAUCAUGCUUCCGCUGCGCACCAUUUCGGCUAGUUGAGAUUUAGUACCAGACUAACACCCUUAUUGAUUCUCAUAAGAGUGUUUAUUCUCCCUCGCCAAUUGGACAAAUUGGUUAAUCGCUGUGACCACCAUACAGCUCAACUCAAAGAAGAGAAGAGGCGGAGACUGUCUCUCUAUUUUCUAAUUGUGACUUUUCUUACAAACAAAUGGCUACUGAUCACUAAUGGUCAUCUCAGGAUGGAGAAGACUACGAGAAUUGUGCUGCAAGGAUUAUUGUGCCAUUGGAAAACAACAUUUUGUACUGUUCUUCUACUGUGUAAAAGUGUAUUUUACUACUUUUCUUACAACGAGUUGUGUAAGCAGCUGUUAAAGGAUAAUCCACUGUUUUGAGAUCCUGCACCUGUGUGUGUAUACAGUACCAACCGGCUCACCAGCGUGGUGUCGAGGUGCUGAUUUGUUUUCAAGUAUUCAAAUUAAAACCAGGUGAAUCUUCUCAUCUCCUCUUCAGUUCUGACCUUCAUUAAUAUGAAGAUUUCUAUCUUUAAUCAGCCUCUGUGUUUUUCCUAAUUAGUGCAUUGUUGUGCACGAUCAUACACUGGAGAUAUUAUUAUGUUUCUGUGAUAAAUGAGUAUGGUUAUGCCUUCCUCCAGCCUGUAGGGGGCAGACCUGAAAGCCUUCCCAUAUAAACAAGCAUGUAUAGCAAAUAAAUCGGCAUCUUGAACCUUAAUUGUAAAUAUCCUUAAUGCUAAUAUUUUUUUUGUGUGUAUAUAUCAUCUUUAUAAUUUAUUCCUUUUAAAAUAACCCAAUUGUUUAUUUGGCUUCAUCAUUCAAACUUUAAUGUGUAUGGUACUUUUAUGGGUUAAAUAACAUCUGACAAUAUAAAUAUAUAUAUUAUAGAAACUCUUUUACAUUACAAGUAUGUUUUUUUUUGCGCACGUAUUUCUGUGAAACCUAUAAUUUUUAAAAUGACUGACAGAAUUGGUGAGGAGAACUAAUCCCCUGACUUCUGUCUCGCCAGAUACUGAUCAUCUACCAGCAUCACUCCUUCCCAUAAUACAAUCAAAACCACAAAUGUUUACAUCGAGAUAAUCUUCCAAUCAUUUUGGUGCUGCUUCAGAGGCUGGUAAAUGAGCAGGUAAUCAAAUGUCAUUCUUGUUUUUCUGGGUACACCUGACCAACGUAGCGUGUGUGUGUCCUUCCAUCCUAAAGCAUUAUGAUUAGAUAACUCCAUACAGAAGACGAUUUGACUGCCAUGAAUAGAAGGAGUUUGAUAUCUGUGUAGCGUACUAUGUCCUGUGGACAUAUGCCACAACGAAUGCAUCGACCUGCAUGGGUGUAGUCAGGUUGUCUGGCAUCCUCCCCUUCUCUUCCUGACCCGUCUCAGCUUCUGAGCAAAAAGUGCACGAAAAAGAUUGUUUGUAUGCAGCCUUGCUUACAAGCCAAGGACAUUUCCUGUUGGGUUCUGUGGGUCUUCUCUCUGGCUAUGCAGAUAUUUUUUUUAAUCUGUGAUAUUCCUAUAUAUAUAUAUAUAUAUAUAUACUCUUUUCUACUGUAUCCAAUGGGAGUUUUCAGAUAAAUAGCUCUUUGUUAAAUCCUACUGAGUAUUGUUCAAAUUUGAAUAAAAUUUGUAUAUUGCCAA